GUACACAGAAGUUGAGACCAGUCACAGCCCAGGCGUCCCUAGAAGCUUCUGACACAGGGAUGGAGGCUGGUUGGUCACUGCUGCUUUGAGAGAACCAAACAUCUUUGAACAGGUUUGCAUGUGAGUGACUCUUAGAAUAUCUUGACCUGCUCCCGGGGAAAUACUGCUUUCCUGAAUUUUCUGAUCCCUACUCAGCCAUGAACCAACCAGACCUUCCGGCAGACCCAGAUCCCAGUCCCGAGCCGCUGUGCGUAGUGUGUGGCCAAAACCAUUCGCCAGAGGAAAACCACUUCUACACGUACACAGAAGAUGUAGAUGACGACCUCGUAUGUCACAUCUGCCUGCAAGCAUUGCUGGACCCUCUGGACACUCCGUGCGGACACACCUAUUGUACCCUGUGUCUCACCAACUUCCUGGUGGAGAAAGACUUCUGCCCUGUGGACCGAAAGCCCAUGGUUCUGCAGCAUUGCAAGAAAUCCAGCAUCUUGGUCAACAAGCUUCUCAACAAGCUGUUGGUCAACUGCCCGUUCACAGAGCACUGCACCGAGGUGCUGCAGCGCUGCGAUCUGCAGCAUCAUUUUCAGACAAGCUGCAAAGGGGCCUCCCACUACGGCCUGACCAAAGACAGGAAAAGGCGCUCACAAGAUGGCUGCCCUGAUGGUUGUGCCAGCCUCACGGCAACAACGCUCUCCCCAGAGGUUUCUGCAGCUGCCACCAUCUCUUUAAUGACAGAGGAGCCUGGCCUAGAUAACCCUGCCUACGUGUCCUCAGUGGAGGAUGGUGAGCCGGUAACCAACUCUUCAGACUCUGGCCGGAACAACCGAACUAGGGCACGGCCCUUUGAGCGCUCCACUAUGAGAAGCCGAUCUUUCAAGAAGAUCAACCGAGCUCUGAGUGCUCUCCGAAGGACGAAGAGCGGGAACGCCGUUGCCAACCACGCUGACCAAGGCAGGGACAACUCUGAGAACACCACUGUUCCCGAAGUCUUCCCAAGGUUGUUUCACCUGAUUCCAGAUGGCGAAAUUACAAGCAUCAAAAUCAGUAGAGUGGAUCCCAACGAAAGUCUUUCCAUAAGGCUUGUGGGAGGCAGCGAGACCCCACUGGUCCACAUCAUCAUCCAGCAUAUUUAUCGCGAUGGAGUGAUUGCCAGAGACGGACGGCUGCUGCCAGGAGACAUCAUUCUCAAGGUCAACGGCAUGGACAUCAGCAAUGUCCCUCAUAACUAUGCUGUGCGGCUCCUGCGGCAGCCCUGCCAGGUGCUACGGCUAACAGUGCUGCGGGAGCAGAAGUUCCGUAGCAGAAGCAAUGCGCAGGCGCCGGACUCCUAUGGACCUCGGGAUGACAGCUUCCAUGUAAUCCUCAACAAAAGCAGCCCCGAGGAGCAGCUUGGCAUAAAGUUGGUGCGCAGGGUGGAUGAGCCCGGGGUGUUCAUCUUCAACGUGCUGAAUGGUGGUGUCGCCGACCGACACGGCCAGCUGGAGGAGAAUGAUCGUGUGUUGGCCAUCAACGGACAUGACCUUCGAUUUGGCAGUCCAGAGAGUGCAGCUCAUCUGAUUCAGGCCAGUGAAAGACGUGUUCAUCUCGUCGUGUCCCGCCAGGUUCGACAGCCCAGCCCAGACAUCUUUCAAGAAGCUGGCUGGAUCAGCAAUGGCCAGCGGUCCCCAGGCCCAGGGGAGAGAAGUACAUCUUCUAAGCCUGCAGCCACUUGUCAUGAGAAGGUUGUAAGUGUCCGGAAAGACCCCAGCGAAUCUCUUGGCAUGACCGUUGGAGGAGGAGCAUCACACAGGGAAUGGGACUUGCCUAUCUAUGUCAUCAGUGUUGAGCCCGGAGGAGUCAUAAGCAGAGACGGAAGAAUAAAAACAGGUGACAUUUUAUUGAAUGUGAAUGGGAUUGAGCUCACAGAGGUCAGCCGGACAGAGGCCGUUGCCAUACUGAAGAGCACACCCUCCUCAGUGGUACUCAAAGCCUUGGAAGUCAAGGAUCAGGAGGCCCAGGAAGACUGCAGCCCAGCAGCCCUGGACUCCAACCACAACGUGACCCCGCCUGGUGACUGGUCCCCAUCCUGGGUCAUGUGGCUGGAUUUACCACAGUACUUAUAUAACUGUAAAGAUGUGAUACUGCGAAGGAACACAGCUGGAAGUCUGGGUUUCUGCAUUGUGGGAGGUUAUGAAGAAUACAGUGGUAACAAACCGUUUUUUAUCAAAUCCAUCGUUGAAGGAACACCCGCAUACAAUGAUGGAAGAAUUAGAUGUGGUGACAUUCUUCUCGCUGUCAACGGUAGAAGUACGUCGGGCAUGGUCCACGCUUGCUUGGCAAGGAUGCUCAAAGAACUUAAAGGGAGAAUCACUCUCACCAUUGCUUCUUGGCCUGGUACUUUUUUAUAAAAUCAACGAUGGAUCUUAAAAAAAAAAUCACAGAUAGGCUAGGUAAAAAUUGUAUUUAAUUUGUCAAUUUUUAUAUUUAAAGAAUAUACUGUAAAAAAUGCCAGAAAAAGUAUGACUUAUGAAAACAAGUUACACCUCAGAGAAUGUUCGCAAAAAUAAAAACUAAUGAUGAUUUUUA